AUGACCACCGUCGACAUCCUGGGUUCUGCCAAGGCCAUAGUGAAGCAGUGCUCGAGUAAAGCCACGUGUAACGGCGCCGCGGCCUCGGCCUCCACAGACGCCAACGGGAACGGGAACAUCGUCACCUGCUGCAGCGCCUUCAACCUGUGCAACUUCAGCGGAGCGGACUCCCUGGGUCCUAGAGCCUGCUUCGUGCUCCUGCUGCCCCUGCUGCUGCUGCUCACAUGA